AUGUGUCCCGGUGCCGAUUCCGAGGUCAAUGGGCGGGCUAACGGCGCCAACGGUGCCAAUGGCGCCAACCACCCCGGCUUCACUGGUAUCGAGACCCGCCAGAACCCUCACCCUUCCCCUUCCCGCAACCCUUACGGCCACAACGUCGGUGUGACCGAUUUCUUGAGCAAUGUCUCCCGUUUCAAGAUUAUCGAGAGUACCCUGCGUGAGGGUGAGCAGUUCGCCAACGCUUUCUUCGAUACCGAGAAGAAGAUCGAGAUCGCCAAGGCUCUGGACGACUUCGGUGUUGACUACAUUGAGCUCACCAGCCCCUGCGCUUCCGAGCAGUCUCGUGCCGACUGCGAGGCUAUCUGCAAGCUUGGCCUGAAGGCCAAGAUUCUCACUCACAUCCGCUGCCACAUGGACGAUGCCCGUGUUGCUGUCGAGACCGGUGUUGAUGGAGUCGAUGUCGUCAUUGGCACCUCUUCAUACCUCCGUGAUCACUCUCACGGCAAGGACAUGACAUACAUCAAGAACACCGCCAUUGAAGUUAUCCAGUUCGUUAAGUCCAAGGGCAUUGAGAUCCGUUUCUCCAGUGAGGACUCUUUCCGCUCCGACCUCGUCGACCUGCUCUCCAUCUACUCUGCCGUCGACAAGGUCGGUGUCCAGCGUGUUGGUAUCGCCGAUACCGUCGGCUGCGCCUCCCCCCGCCAGGUCUACGAGCUCGUCCGUGUGCUCCGUGGCGUUGUCGGCUGCGACAUUGAGACUCACUUCCACAACGACACUGGCUGUGCUAUUGCCAACGCCUACUGUGCCCUCGAGGCCGGUGCCACUCACAUUGAUACCUCUGUCCUCGGUAUCGGUGAGCGUAAUGGUAUCACCCCUCUUGGUGGUCUGAUGGCCCGUAUGAUGGUCGCCGACCCCGAAUACGUCAAGAGCAAGUAUAAGCUGGAGAAGAUCAAGGAUAUUGAGGACCUCGUCGCCGAGGCUGUCCAGGUCAACAUCCCCUUCAACAACUACAUCACCGGUUUCUGUGCCUUCACCCACAAGGCCGGUAUCCACGCCAAGGCCAUUCUCAACAACCCCAGCACCUACGAGAUCAUCAACCCUGCCGACUUCGGCAUGACUCGCUACGUCCACUUCGCCUCUCGUCUGACUGGCUGGAACGCGAUCAAGUCGCGUUGCCAACAGCUCAAGAUCGAUCUGACUGACGCCCAGUGCAAGGAGUGCACUGCCAAGAUCAAGGCUUUGGCCGAUAUUCGCCCCAUUGCCGUCGAUGACGCCGACUCCAUUAUCCGUUCCUACGCCCGCAACCUCAAGCUGGGCGAGGACAAGCCUCUUAUGAACCUGACUGCCGAGGAGCAGGCCCAAUUCGAUGCCAAGGAGAAGGAGAUUGCUCUCGAGGUUGAGAAGAACGGCGUGGCCGCCUAA